UUCACAUAUAUACAUCCAGUGAAAUAUCUGUCUCCUUGUUCUAUCUGUGAUAUAACUGAAGCACCAGCAAUAACAAGGGACUGAAGGCACUGUGAGACAUUUUCGUCAGAGACACAUCUGACUCCCUUCCCCAGCAGUCACAGCUCCCCUUCCCUGUAUUUCCCCUGUGACCCUCACCCUGAGCCCCAGCAGUCCUCCGCCCCAGCAUGAAUGACAUCAGUGUGGUCAGAGAGGGCUGGCUCCAUAAGAGGGGAGAGUACAUUAAGACGUGGAGGCCGCGGUACUUCAUCCUGAAGAGUGAUGGCUCCUUCAUCGGCUACAAGGAGAAGCCAGAGAUGUCGUCCGACCACAGCCUCCCACCCCUCAACAACUUCUCUGUGGCAGAGUGCCAGCUGAUGAAGACAGAACGGCCCAGGCCCAACACGUUUGUCAUCCGCUGCCUACAGUGGACCACAGUCAUAGAGCGCACCUUCCACGUGGAGAGUAACGAGGAAAGGGAGGAAUGGAUGCGGGCAAUCCAAGCGGUGGCCAACGGCCUGAAGACGCGAGUGGAAGAGGCUCCCAUGGACAUAACGUUUGGCUCCCCCAGCGACUGCAGCGGCAUGGAGGAGAUGGAGGUGGCCAUGUCCAAAUCCCGUAACAAAGUGACCAUGAGUGACUUUGACUACCUGAAGCUGCUGGGGAAGGGGACGUUUGGUAAGGUGAUCCUGGUGAAGGAGAAGGCCACAGGGAUGUACUACGCCAUGAAGAUCCUGAGGAAAGAAGUCAUAAUCGCUAAGGAUGAGGUAGCACACACGGUAACAGAAAGCAGAGUCCUUCAGAAUACGAGGCAUCCCUUCUUAACGACACUGAAAUACGCGUUCCAAACACAUGACCGGCUAUGCUUUGUGAUGGAAUAUGCAAACGGAGGAGAGCUGUUCUUUCACUUGUCACGGGACCGCGUGUUCACAGAAGACCGGGCACGGUUCUACGGUGCGGAGAUUGUGUCUGCGCUGGAGUACCUCCACUCACGGGACGUUGUCUACAGAGACCUGAAGCUGGAGAACUUAAUGCUGGAUAAAGAUGGACACAUAAAGAUCACAGAUUUUGGACUGUGUAAAGAGGGAAUCACAGACGGGGCUACCAUGAAGACCUUUUGUGGGACUCCAGAAUACCUUGCACCUGAGGUAUUAGAGGACAAUGACUACGGCCGAGCGGUGGACUGGUGGGGUCUAGGUGUGGUCAUGUACGAGAUGAUGUGCGGUCGACUGCCCUUCUACAACCAGGACCAUGAGCGGUUGUUUGAGCUCAUUCUCAUGGAGGAGAUCCGCUUCCCCAAGAACCUGGCCCCCGAAGCCAAGGCCCUGCUUGCUGGCCUGCUCAAAAAGGAUCCCAAGCAGAGGCUUGGAGGUGGACAAGAAGAUGCCAAAGAUGUGAUGACACAGAAGUUCUUCACCAGCAUCAACUGGCAGGAUGUGGUAGAGAGGAAGCUCUUGCCUCCCUUCAAGCCCCAGGUGACGUCAGAGACGGACACCCGCUACUUUGACGACGAGUUCACAGCACAAACCAUCACCGUAACGCCCCCGGACAAGUACGACAGCUUAGACUCAGAAGACCAGAACCAGCGCACUCACUUCCCUCAGUUCUCUUACUCUGCCAGCAUACGGGAGUGACCUCUCACAUGCGUGCACACACUCACAUGAGCAAGCAGGCUAACACACGUUCACACACACUCGCACUGCUGGGGAAUUGGGAUGACACAAACUGACACUCUCUCAAACAAACACACUUGCACAACACACACACUCUGACACCGAGAAGCGGUGGAAACAUGGAUCCAAGAGCAUGACGUGAUGACUGACCUCAGCAGGCCUGUGUGGAUAGACUGGCGGCCUUGUCUCUCAUUCUGACGGGACCAGGUGGAACCGGACAGGGCCGCCCUUGGCCAUGCCUGCAGGACCCUGCCUGUCUACCCACCACACUACCACUACACUGGGCACAUCAAAGCAUCAACAGCACUUCACCAUCCCUGGGUUAUGCCAGCAGAUACCACAUCACCAGCCGAACGCAUGCUUCACCGAUCCAACACACACACUUUGACAAGCAACACCUAAAACCUCCCAUACACUGCAGAUUUUGUUUUUACUACUGGAUAAAAAAUAAGUCCAAACAAAUGUAGAAACACAUGAAAGGAGAAAAAUAUUUUUAAACUAAUUUUUCUUUUGAUUGUUACGGUUUUAAAAGCCAUAUUUCUGCAGGUUUUUUUUUACGAGUGCUCUUGCUGAAAACUUGCUGUUACAAAUCGUGUGGACUGUUCCUACAGAGAGAAAGCGGGUCAGGGAGAGAAUGAGGGGUGUGUGUACCUCUGAGGGUAGCCAUUUCCCUGCUUGCACUGUGCAUGUGUGAAUGAAUGUGUUUGUAUGUUUGAGUGUGUGGAAGGAGAAUGUAUGAACAACCAUUUGAAUCUCAACAUCUGUUUUACGUUUAUGCAUUUGCUUGUAUCUGUUUUGGAUUCUGUACGACGGCUAAAUGAGGAGAGUUUUAAAGGGAAAGAAGAGAGGUGGUGGAGCUUCCCUGUGGAUUGACUUGUUCCUCUGGUGGUUAGAAUGCUCAGGAUGAAAUAAGAGAAGGGGGAAGAGUAGAAGUGACCACAGCAAUUAACAUUGUUCUAGUAGCUGUCACGUUCUGAGCAGAAAUAUCCAGGAGAAUAGCUGUCAAUCAUUUGUUCCAAACUUUUUAUUUUGAAUUAUCGAUGUAAAGAUCUUUUUUCUUUUUACUUUUUUUUUUGAAGAUCAUUGGGAUGUUCCCAUAUUUAAGAAUGCAAACUAUUAAAUCAUGGAUCACUUAUUUGUGAUGAGGCUAGACUGACUGAUAAAUUGACACUUCAGUUAUUUAACGGUCGAUAUUGAAGGUUGUGGUUCGUAUUUUCAAGGUAAUGUAAGUGACAGAUUAAGUCCUUUGUCGGGAUGUCAGAGUAGGACCAUUGAACUAGGGUUGGGGUUAGUUCAAUUCAGUUAAUGUAGGAUGUCAACUGAGUUAACGUCAUGGAUUGAAACCCUAACCCUGGUGUGAAACCGAUGCUGUAUAUAAUGACAAGAUGGUAUUGUCUCUGCCCUAACAAUGGGAGUCGUUGUCUCGAAGGCAGUCGUUCUGCUUAUCACUGUAUUCCCUUGUGGACAGAUUUUUAUAUUUUUCUCUUUUACCUCACUCUUCCUCUCUGUGUGAACUUCCCACUAUUCACCUGUCCUGAAUGCAUGUGUACACCCCCUGUCUGACCUAUAGCUGACCUAUAGAGGAGUGGUUUGGGUGAAACAACCAUUGUGUUUCACAGUCAAGUGGUGUGAUGUAUUUCAUUUUUGUUGCCCUUUUCAAAGAUUCCUUCACUCAAGGAUCAUUAAGACCAUGUUUCUUUUCAUUGAUUUGUGGUCCAACUAUUCCUUACUUUGGGAGACAUUGUCUCAUUUAAAUUUAUAUUAUAUCAAAAAAUAUAUAAAAUAAGUUUAAACAUG